AUGUCCAGGAGAGAAGUCGACGAAAUCAGACAGUACUUCGACCGAGAGCCAGAUAGGUUUCAAUGGGUCGAUCCUGUUGCCGCGGGCGGGUACGGCGUAUGCAUUCGCCUCAAUGAAUUGAUUCAAACAAACGCGGCAGGUAUAUGGAGAAAUUUCGUCGUCAAGCGCGCAAUCGCGGACGGCCAGCCUUCGCUGGAGGCUGAGAUAGGUCGCGUGAGGAGGUUGCAAGGCGCCGUCCACGUUGUCCGGCAACUGGCGAUCCGUGAUAGCCCCCUCGACAAAGCCCUGGUGCGCCUUCGCAGCCCCCCUGGAUCUCCCUCACCACCAUCGACACCAAGCUCAACUACGAGCGAUUACAUGCACUCACCGCCCAGCGAGUUUCGCGAUCCUGGUGAGCCCCCGGGGUUCUACGGGCCGUACUUGGUGCUCGAAUACAUCGCCAACGGGACGCUGAGCGACUUCAUCGAGAAGGUAGCCGCUGAGAACACGCCGCUCCCGAAUCGGUUGCUGUGGCGUCUGUUUCUUUGCCUCUUGGUCGGGGAUCUGAUUGCGCAGCAUGAUGAACAUCAGUUGAGCCCUGUUCUCAAGAUCAUCUAUUUCGGCCUCAGUAAGGGCCAGCUGGAGACAGAAGGAGGUCUGAAGGUCAAGGGCACCGAACAAAAUUUGAGAUCCAUAGGCAUGUGGGUGGUGAAGAUCAUGCAGUACCUCAUCUCAGUGGAGAAUUUUGGACUGGAUGUAGGCGAGACGAAGUCCUUCGUUAAAAAGAUUGAUAAAGAUAAUACAGUCUCUGUUGAGACGUACGCCGCAGCCAUGUUGCCAGAUACGACGCCGGCGACCAUGCCUUUUCCGUGGCUGGACGGGGAGCUCCGGGAGUUGAUCUGCGAGUGUUUGGCCGUCGACCAAGCUCACCAACCUACUCUUCAGAGACUUCUGACUGAUAUCAGCACAGCAUUUACUGCUCGGAACGCUUUCGCCUAUUUUGGUAGGGACCCCAUCCAAGCGGUGAAGGAGUCGGAUGUUUGGAUUAUCGCACUUGUACAACGACUCAUAUUCGGUGCCCCCACAUGA